CACUGUUUAGUGUAUUUUCAUAAUAUUUGGCAGUCGCAAUACAUAAAGUGAUUAAUUACUUAGAUUUAACUGCAAGAUAAGGCACAAUUGACAGCGCCAGAGACUUUUGGGAGCCAGCCAAAGCCGAAGAAUGUAAAGAUGCUAAAGUACAUCAAGAGGCAAGCCAGCCGCCGUCGCAGCAGCCAAGAUGUCACGGAAGGCCCCGGCGCACCCACCGCAAACGAUGAUGUGGAUGGCGCCGUGGCGCAAAAACGUCACUCGCUGCGCUCUACAACCAGUUUCUGUGAUGAGGUCUUUCUUGAGGUGGAGGAGGAGGGCGGUGGAGGAGGAGCCCUGUCCGAUGGCAUCAGCCUGUGCAGCAACGAUGAUAUUUUUACCUACAACUCGCGCUUGUCCAUGAAUCUCGCCUCCAUUGUCAGCGAUCCCAACUGCCUGAGCUAUUUUGUGCAGUAUUUGGACACUCGACAGGCCCUGCCUCUGAUCAAAUUCUACCUGGACAUUGAGAACUUUAAGCGGGCUGCGGCGCUUACACAAGAAACUGAGCAAACGGAGGUAGAUGAGGAGGAGAACUCGCCGCCGCCAGAUACGACUUCUCCCCUGAACAACAACAACAACAACAAAAGUGACAACGAUGUACCUGAACUGAAGACGCUGUGCGAUCUGUCCAUGCGCAAACCCCUGACAGACGAUGAGAAGAGCCGGAUUUAUGCCGAGACCAACAAGCAGAUUAUAAAUAGACAAAAGUCCGGAUCGGGACCAUCAUCUCUGCCCAAUUCCUCGGAACUUUCUAGGGCCAGCAUCAGCGAUGCUAUAGCCAUCUACCAAAAGUAUCUGAUAGUAAAUGCCAGCCUGCAGGUGGAGCUGCCAAUUGUCAUACUGGCGCACAUAUCGUUACUCCUUUGCGGGCGAGACAAGGCCGAGUGCAGUAAACCCAUACCGGCCAGUUGCUUUGACGAGGCCAGGGAGUUUGUGUUGGAGCAAUUGGAGCGCGAUCAUGUCCUGGGAUUCCUGCAGAGCGGCUACUAUUCCACCUACUGCCUGGAGCUGGUGGAAGGUGGUUCCAUAAAUAUCUACGAUGUGUUGUACAGCGAAUUGGCUUUAUUUUACUUUACCGAGUACCUGGAGCAGCGACAGGAGCGCGAAUGUCUCGAGUUCUGGAUCACGGGCAUUAAUUUCCGAAAGAGUUUCUCUUCAGGAGAGGAGGACGAGGCAGCCCAGAGUGAUGCCAUGAUAAUAUACGACAGAUACUUUUCGCUGCAAUCGGAUUGCCGCCUGUGGAUGUCGCAAAAGUUGCGAUUGAGGGUGGAACAGGCCAUCUGUGCUCCUGGCGAGCAGUGGCAAGCCUUUGACUUGGCAUUAUUGGUUACGGCCAAGUAUUUAGAGCAAAAGUACUUUGCCGAUUUUCUAAAAUCACACAUUUUUGAUAACUAUGUCAACGAACUGAAGAUCAAAAGAGACAACUCUAGCUUCUCUCCCUCGAAUCUCCUUCAACAAAAACCCAGCCUGCGUAGAACUGGCAAAACAUCUAAUAUCCAGCGCCAUCGAAAGGCCUUAUCCAUGACGGAUUGCACGCACAUCUCACAGCACAACACCCUUCUGGCUUCCAUGGACACACUGCCGUCGAAGACGACUAUAAAUCAACAGCAGUCGGGCAACCUGAACAUCGAUGCCCGGCAGCUAACGAAUCCCCAACUCCUAUGGCAGCGCCCUGUUGUGGGGGCUCUUAAAUUCGGUUUUGUUAACUCCUUGGGCCGCUACGAGCGAGACUUUGAGGCCGUGGAUGCAGUGGCUCUCAAGUCGCAGCCAUGGUCACUGAGUGUCAGCGGCAGCAAAAUCAAAAAUGCCAUGCGAAAGCUGGUGAAUCUGCCGGAGGAUAAUGUGCAGGAGGAGAUCGCCUGGCAGGUGGCCGAAAUGAUUGUCAAGGAUGUAACGAGCGUGACGCUUAGUGGAAAAACCACUCCCCCUCCAAUUUAAGUUCUCAUUUUAUUCUUUCUUUUUGUAUUUAUUAUUUUUUGCGCUCAAAUCAAAGCAAGAGAAUCUCCCCAAAAAGUGCACAAACAAGAAGUCGCAACAGAAGCUCUCUAACUCUACUCUCUACAACUACUAUGUACAAAUUAUGUUGAACAAACAAGAAUCCAACUAUUUAACUUAUUAACUUAUUUUCGUUAAUUUGGUGAGCUUUGAAAGCCACACAAUUACCUUGACUAUUGCUCGCUCAUUUGUUAUUUAAUGCAACAAAAUCAACCCAAAUCUCAAAUAUAUAUAUAAACAGACG